AUCCCCUGGUGGGUCGCAAACUCGCAACAAUUGACAGGUGAAAUUGUCGUAACGCCUUCUGAUAAAGCUGUCAUCUACAAUAAGCAUCAAAUGGAAUCUACGGAACUACAAGACAUAGAUUUCUUUAGCUCCUUUUACGAUCACACAAACUCAACUUUCUUCACUCCAACCACAAACUCGCUCCUAUCCGACUACGUAUCAGAAGACCCGGUUCCACCAAAGCCACCAAACGAUGAAGAAGACGAGUACGUUGCAGAGUUGACUCGCCAGAUGACUAACUAUAUGCUUCAAGACGAUGAAAAGCAUCAAAUGUCUUGUAGUGGUCGCUCUGGCUCACCGCAAUCGACUCUUUGGUCACCGUUCGCCUCCGGUAAUAGCAGCCCGAUUGGUCCUUCACGAGAACCAACGCCGCCGCUAACUCCGGUGACCGUUGAGACUAAGCCUGUUAUGAUUCCUACCCAAUCAAAACAAGCUUUAAUCGAUGACCAGAUCCGAUCUAUUCAAGCUAACUUCCAUAAGAUCAAAAAGGAGAAAGAUAAGCAAAGAAACGAUGACGUAGUAGGACACAAAGCAAGGAACUACCACUACCAACAGAGACCAAGGUCGGGCGUGAAGGCGGUGUUCGUUGACGGAUCCGGUUCUAGAACCGGGUCGGGUGGAACUGGAGUGUUCUUACCACGUUGUCAUGGUACUGUUGUGGAGUCGCGCAAGAAAUCAGGAUGUUCAACAGUAAUUAUACCAGCAAGAGUAGUUGAAGCCUUGAAACUUCACUUUGACAAAUUGGGUGUUCCUUCCACAUUCUCAUCUGAUAUCCCUCCUUUUCAUGAUGCUUUGUUGGUGUCCAUGAAGAACAAAAACAGCAGAAGUACCAAAGGCAGUUCAUUAACUCAGGCACAAAGUGGACCACCAUACACGGCAGAAACGUCGGCCGAGAGUCACCAAGAACCACCGGCGGAUUUGCCACAUGAAUGGACGUACUGAUCAAACAUCGGCACAUGCUCGUGAUUGCUGAAAUUGUAGGUUUUCGAAAGGUAGUAUCUUUUCGGAUUGAAUAUUUUAUAUAGUGGGGUCAAAAUAUAAAUAAAUAAAAAGCGUUAUAAUCA